CAACGGAAAAGCUCCUCCAAAAUGGAAUAAUAAUGGACAAGGAGCUGUGGCCAAGCUCCCACCACCUCCAGGCAUGGCUUGGAAUGCAUCUCCUGCUCCCCCAAACAUCAACACCGAAAACAGCGUGAAUUACUCAGGACCAAAUGGUGUGCCACUUCAGUCUUCUCCAUCCAUCGCCCUUGGUUUUGUUAAGAGUACAUUCAGCUAUGAAGAGUUGGAGGCUGCUACAAAUGGGUUCUCCGAUGCAAACAUACUGGGACAAGGUGGUUUUGGCUAUGUGUACAAGGGAGUAUUGCCAAAUGGGCAAGAAGUUGCUGUGAAACAGCUCAAAGCAGGAAGCGGACAAGGUGAGAGAGAGUUCCAAGCUGAGGUUGAGAUCAUUAGCAGAGUUCACCAUCGCCACUUGGUCUCCCUUGUCGGUUACUGCAUUGUUGGAUCUCAACGCUUGCUUGUUUAUGAGUUUGUUCCUAACAAGACUCUGGAGUUCCACCUGCAUGGAAAGGACCAGCCAACAAUGGACUGGCCUACCAGAAUGAGAAUUGCUUUAGGAUCAGCUAAGGCGUCUCCUACUUGCAUGAAGAUUGUAAGCCAUCCUCGGAUCAUCCAUCGAGACAUCAAGGCUUCAAACAUUUUGCUGGAUUACAGAUUUGAGGCUAAGGUUGCGGACUUUGGACUGGCUAAGUUAUCUUCAGACAACUACACCCAUGUCUCAACUCGCGUUAUGGGCACAUUUGGGUAUCUGGCUCCUGAGUAUGCGUCAAGCGGCAAGCUUUCUGAGAAGUCUGAUGUUUUCUCAUUUGGCGUUAUGCUUUUAGAGCUUAUAACUGGCAAGAAGCCAGUUCACAGCAAUCCUAUGGAGGAUAGCUUGGUUGAUUGGGCAAGGCCUUUAUUGACACAGGCAUUAACUGAUGAGAGCUAUGAUCAACUCGUUGAUCCAAGACUCGACGGGAAUUACAGUAAAAUGGAGAUGGCGAGGAUGGUGACAUGCGCUGCUACAAGCGUUCGACAUUCUGCUAAAAUGCGUCCAAAGAUGAGCCAGAUUGUAAGAGCGCUAGAAGGUGAUUCAACACUUGAGGACUUGACUGAAGGAGUGAAACCAGGGCAAAGCAUGCAAUUCAUUUUUAGUCCAGAGCGUGAAUCAGCUGGCUCCUAUGCCUCUAGCAUGAGCCAUUUCAGAAGGGCUGCGUUUGAUAGCAAUGGUUUGAGCCAUGAAUACAGUGGAGUGACCAGUGAAUAUGGCCUCCAUCCCUCAUCAUCAAGCAGCUUCGACGAGAUCUCCACCGUUGUGCCUCAUCCAGACAGCACUGGCCUGCAGCUGAAUGCAUAUUAAUAGGAAAGAUGAAUCACUGAUUUCUUUGGUCUGCUGAUG